AUGUUAUCUCGAAAUCAUAUUUUGUUCAAAAAUAUUUGGCGCCAGGCUGUAGAAGAAUGCGCGAAUCCAACAUUACAUAAAAAAGCAAGACCCUUGAAUAUUUUAUGUAAAGUGAAGAGUGCAGACUACCGUUCAAUAUCAUUUACCACUAUCUUCCAAAGGCAAGCUAAGAAUGAUCCUAAAAACAGUGGUACAACUGAAAAUGAAAUCAAAGCAAAGCCUGUAUUGGAAGUUAUUUCACCCAAUCUUAGGGGAGAAGAAAAACAAAAUUCAACAGUGGAUUUGGAAAAUAUUAAAGAAAAGAGUUUACAAGAACAAUCUGAAGAUGAGACCAGAAAGCAAAUCCUGUCCACAGAGUCUAUUAAAAAAUUGAAAGAUAAAAUCAUUGGGAGACCUGAGAAGGAAGGUGACAAUAAAAAUAUAUUUACCGUUAAAAGAAGACUCCGAGAUUAUAGAAGAGAAAUGGGUAAAGCAACAGAUGUUCUUGAAGAAGAAUCAGGAUUGAUGGGCAGAUCUGGAAAGGUUGUUAUUACUGCCAUUGCCAUGAAAACAAUAAAUGAUAAAAUAGAUAACUUAAGAAAGAAAAAUGAAAAAUUGACGGGCGAAAAUCGUGUAUUGAAACGAAGCCUCCACUUCACAGAAAAAAGAACGAAAAAAUAUAACCUGGUCAUUUAUAAUUUAAAAGGUGAUAAUCCCUUGGAGAACGUUGCACAACUUUUUCAAGAUAAACUCAAUAUUCCAUGCCACGAGAGUGAGCUCAGAGAUGCAUUCAGAUUAGGACAUUCGCAGAAUAAGGAUAAACCUGCGCCAAUAUUAGUUUAUUUUCUCAGGAACAAACUCAAAACAGAAGUUCUCAGCAACGCAAAUAGAUUGAGAAAUACGGGAAUCUACAUAUCCCUGGAUUAUACUACAGAAGAAUACUGUAAGAAAAAAAAUCUCAUGGAGAAUCAACAAAUUGCUCGUGAACAAGGCAAAUCAGCCAAGAUUAAAAGAAAUUCACUAAUAAUCGAGGGGGUCGUCCACCGCGUAGAACAGGUAGAAGUGCCAUUUGCUUCAGGAAGAGAACAGAAGAAAAAAGAGAGCAGAAAAAGAAAACAAAGUACAACACCCGAACCGAAAGUCACUAAAUCCAAAAGUACAUCAAUAUCUGAAUAA